AUGAGCAACUACGGCACCUACAGACGCGACUGGGUCAUCGAAUCUCAGUACUUCAGCGAAAGCAUUCUAAUUUGGAUAGUGGAAGCUUUGGCGCUUGCCCCUGCAGGCAUGCCCGUCAAGUCCUUCUCCCUCGUUCUGGACGCUGAGCCAGCACCCCAUCCGAUGACUGAAAUGUUCCAGGCGAUUGUUCAGCAUGACGCUGCCUGGCAACAAGCGUGGGACGAAUCGGUGAAAAGAGGCAUGAUCAAGGAGCCAUCUUGGCUGGAUGGUAGUCCGCGAAUGGACUGGUAUCCGAGCUACACAUUCAAGCAUCUUCCACAGGCACUGCGAGACAUCGCCGAAGAAAAGUCGGUCGUGCGGUGCAACUUCAACAUUGGCGAGCCGUGGAACUUCGAGAGAUUGGUUCGAGAGCACAAGGGCUGGAGUCACGCCAACUGGGCUAAGAAUUGGGGAGAUGAACACAAGCGCAAGCACUGGGAAACCGAGUCUCCGUUGCCGUCGUGGAAAAGUAUCUUAGAGGAAAAUUUGCUCCCGGUGCCUGACGAUCGUGUUCACUACGGCGAUUCUGACAGCGAACUCGAUCUCUGA